UCUUCUGACAUAAGCCAGCAGCAAUGGGUAAGAAAGACGCGGCAAAGGGCCACCACCAUCACGGUCACGGUCAUGGUCAUGGCGGCUAUCCCACCGGCUAUCCUCCACAAGGCUAUUAUCCACAGCAGCAGUACUACGGUCCGCCAAGGAGGCAUGGAGGCGGUGGAUUCCUCCGAGGCUGCUUGGCUGCCCUGUGUUGCUGCUGCCUGGUGGACGAGUGCUUCUAAGAUCCAUCGUUCCUAGUCAUAGAUUAAGAAAAAAAAAUGUCGUUUAUACGAGCGACUCCACACCCGUGUAAUGUACAUAAUCAUCCAUGAACAUCAAACCGGCCUAUUGAAGCUAUGAUCCCACCUUUUUGACGCGCAGCGCGCGCUUUCUCUUGCUUUAAUAGACAAUGCGAAUCGCAUCUUUUUGCUUUAAUCGCCCAAGUCAAGCACCCCAUUUGUCCCCACCAGUGCCGUCCUUCCACGUAAACCGCCACAAGUCAUCCGAAAGAGCAUCGCUUUUUAAGCUCCCGUUGGAGAGUUUCUUAGUGCAAAGCGAAGAAACGAUGGGGAAAGACUACGAGACUCCAUAUCCACCGCAAGGUUAUCCUCCUCAAGGCUAUUACCAGCAGCCUCCUCCUGUUGCUCCUCCUCCACAGUACUACUCUCAAGCACCGCCUCGGAGAAGCGGUGGAUUCCUCCAAGGAUGUCUCGCAGCACUGUGCUGCUGUUGCCUGUUGGAUGAAUGCUGCUGUGAUCCCACCAUUCUUAUCGACUGCUGAAGCAGUGCCUUCUCGUUGAAUUCGCACCUGUUCUUAUAAUACAAGCCAAAGAUUAAGGUA